CCGUUUGCGUCACCGUCUCUGACCUCGAUUUUUCUGGCUCUUUUUUCUGAGAGAGACAGCGACUGGCGGCGCCAUAUUGAAAGAAGAAAAUUGUUCCCUAAAACGCGAAAAACGUCGAAAUUGCAGCCAUGUUGUACCUGGAGGAUUAUCUCGAGAUGAUCGAGCAGCUUCCCAUGGAUCUCCGCGACAGGUUUACGGAAAUGCGAGAGAUGGACCUGCAGGUUCAGAACGCCACAGAUCAGCUGGAGCAGAAAGUGAUCGAGUUCUUCGUCAACGCAAAGAAAAACAAACCAGAGUGGAGGGACGAGCAGAUGGAGGUCAUUAAAAAGGAUUAUUACAAAGCUUUGGAGGAUGCUGAUGAGAAAGUUCAGCUGGCCAAUCAGAUCUAUGACCUGGUGGACCGUCACCUCCGUAAACUGGACCAAGAGCUCGCCAAGUUUAAGAUGGAGCUUGAGGCCGACAACGCCGGCAUCACAGAGAUCCUCGAGAGACGGUCUUUAGAGAUGGACAGUCCGUCUCAGCCGGUCAACAACCAUCACGUCCACUCUCACACCACCGCAGAGAAGAGGAAGUACAGCGCUCCAGCUCAUCACACCACAGAGCAUGUUCCAGAGAAGAAGUUCAAAUCUGAAGCUCUGCUGUCCACGCUCACGUCAGACGCCUCCAAGGAGAACACACCAGGCUGCCGUACCAACAGCACGUCCUCGUCCACUAACAGCGUGUACAGUGUGAACUCCUCUCAGCCGCUGGCCUCCUACAACCUGAGCUCCCUGCCUGCAGGGCCCGGGGCCGGAGCGGGGGCCAUCACCAUGGCUGCUGCUCAGGCUGUGCAGGCCACCGCACAGAUGAAGGAGGGCCGCAGGACGUCCAGUCUCAAAGCCAGCUACGAGGCGAUCAAGAACAACGACUUCCAGCUGGGCAGAGAGUUCAAUCUGUCCAGGGAAAACCCUGGAUACUCCUCCUCCGCCCUCGCCUCCACCCUCACGCAGACCCUCACCCCCACCACCGCCUCUGACUCCAGGGGGCGCAAGUCCAAAAGCAGCAUUAAGUCUUCCAACCAUCAGUCCUCCUCCUCCUCCUCCUCCUCCUCCCUGUCCUCCUGCUCCUCCUCCUCAGCUCUGGCUCAGGAGCUUUCCCAGCAGGCCUCCGCGCUGCCCGAGGCCGAGGCCAACAGCCAGGUGGACUGGACCUACGACCCCAACGAGCCCAGAUACUGCAUCUGUAACCAGGUUUCUUAUGGAGAAAUGGUGGGCUGUGAUAACACAGACUGUCCGAUCGAGUGGUUUCAUUACGGCUGUGUGGGGCUCACCGAAGCUCCUAAAGGGAAGUGGUUCUGCCCUCAGUGCACUGCCGCCAUGAAGAGGAGGGGCAGCCGACACAAAUAGACUCCGCCCUCCAGCCCACCUCUCCGUCUGUCUGUCUGUGUGUCGGCCAUGUUGGAUUCUAACAGAAAACACACCAACCAACCCCUGCAGAGGUCAGAGGUCAACAGACUGCUGUGACUUUUACUCCCUGUACCAACACAAACCGCUCUAAAACUCUGAGAUUAUAAUCCGGAUAUAGAAUCCCAUGAUUUAAAAGUUUACUAUUUUUGUCUUUGACUCGAGUCAGGCUCUGAAAUUUAAGCUCAUUCCAAAUAUUUUAACUUGAUUUGAUAAUCCUGACUCGAUUUCUGUAAGACUAACCUCUGAAAAUAAACUCAAAACCAGAGCGAGAGUUUAAUUCUGAGUUUAAUCUCAGAUGAAACAAAGUUUUUAAUGUCCUCGGUUCAUCUGUUCAAAAGUAAUCUGAAGGGAUUAAAGCUGUCAGAUUAGAUGCAAUUGUUCAAAGAAGAAAACAGGGGCUCCUGUGAGGAUAUGUUUGUGGAUUUUGGUGCCCCCUGUGGCCUGAGUAUGUAGUUUGUAGUCCCGUUUUGGGGCUCUGUUAAUGUGGAUUUGGUCAUCUUUAAAAAUCUGUAUCAGGAUCAGGUUGACAAAGGUAAACUGGAUUAUUCCGAUCCAGAUUAAACCUUUGAACAUCC